GUCUUCGGUUUGUCUAACCAUCCAAGAUGGCGGCGCUUGUGAGAAUGCGUGCUUGUUUCUCUGCUCUCAAGCUUUCCCCACCAGGACUUCUGCACAGCUCAUUCAAACUGAGUGCUGUGCCCUUGAGUCGGCGCACCUUUGCUGCUGAGGCUAAGAAGACGUACAGCAGAGACAAACCUCACGUGAAUGUCGGAACGAUUGGCCACGUCGAUCAUGGCAAGACCACCUUGACUGCAGCCAUUACAAAAGUGCUUGCUGAGGCUGGUGGUGCUAACUACAAAAAAUAUGAGGAAAUAGACAAUGCACCUGAGGAAAAGGCCAGGGGAAUUACCAUCAACGCCUCUCACGUAGAAUACACAACGCCCAACAGACAUUACGCCCACACAGACUGUCCCGGCCAUGCCGACUACAUCAAGAACAUGAUCACGGGCACAUCUCAGAUGGAUGGCUGCAUCCUGGUGGUGGCGGGCACCGACGGCCAGAUGCCUCAAACACGAGAGCACCUCGUGCUGGCCAAGCAGAUCGGCGUUGAGCACAUCGUGGUGUACAUUAACAAGGCAGACGCCGUGGAUGAUAAGGAGAUGCUUGACCUGGUGGAGCUCGAGAUUCGUGAGCUUCUCACAGAGUUUGGUUAUGAUGGCGAGAACACACCUGUUGUGAUAGGCUCCGCCCUCUGCGCCUUGGAGAACAAAAAUCCUGAACUGGGUGUGAAUUCAGUGAUGAAACUUCUGGAUAUUUUAGAUUCCUAUGUUCCUCUGCCCAAAAGAGAGCUGGAAAAACCUUUCCUUCUGCCCGUUGAAGGGGUUCAUUCAAUCCCAGGCAGAGGUACAGUGGCGACGGGCACCCUGGAGAGAGGCGUCAUAAGGAAAGGAGACGAGUGUGAGUUUGUGGGUCACAACCGCAAUUUCAAGUCUGUAGUUACAGGUAUUGAGAUGUUCCACAAGUCUCUGGAGCAGGCAGAGGCAGGAGAUAACCUGGGCGCUCUGAUCCGAAACGUAAAGAGGGAAGACUUGAGGCGAGGGCUGGUGAUGUGCAAGCCAGGAUCCAUCAUGCCUCACCAGAAAGUCAAAGCUCAGGUUUACGUUCUGAGUAAGGAUGAAGGAGGCCGACACAAACCGUUCGUUACCAACUUCAUGCCUGUCAUGUAUUCUCUCACCUGGGACAUGGCCUGCAGGGUCACUCUACCUGAGGGCAAGGAAAUGGUGAUGCCGGGCGAGGACACGGCGUUGCUGCUUACGCUCCGCCAGCCGAUGGUUCUGGAGAAAGGCCAGAGGUUCACUCUGAGAGAUGGGAGUAAAACCAUAGGCACCGGCCUGGUUACAGACAUCCUCACCGUUACAGAUGCUGAAAUCAACUUUGGCUGAAGUGAAACUUUGAACUGGGGAAGGGGGAGUGUUUGGUUAGAAAACACGUACAGAAAUACAAAACAAACCUAAAAGACAUGCAAGCGUCCAUUGUUCAGUUCUACUCAACCAGAAUUCCUGUGAUGUUCAGUACGGACUUUGUGCAGGUAACAAUUAUGUCAUUUAUGUAAUAAAAUGUAUUUAAUAAUAAAAGUGCCUUUUUGUUCUGUG